CUGCUGCGUGUUGUCUACUUGUACUCCUCGACGUUUUGGUGCUUAUUAAAUUCAUUCUUUUAUUACGUUGCCGCUCUGAUUAGAAAUCAUGUCGUUUCCAAGAGCUCCUCUGAAAAGAUUCAAUGAACAUGUCGGCUGUGCUCCUCCACCCGGUACCUACGAAGUGAAGCCGGGCGACGUAAAAGGGGCCGUUUCGUUUCACAAGGCAGAGCGCUUCAAGUCCAAGAAAUCUACAUUACCACCACCACCUUCACCCUCAAAGGACACAUGGAUGUCUCCAGUGCGCAGGACUCUGUCGGUGGAUGGCUUGUCCGUUGGUUCAAGCUCGAGGAAAGACAAAAGCUGUGGGAGUGUAGGGGCGAUGCAUCAGAAACUGCUGGAGAAAGAGAUCCGGUUGCUGGUUCAGCAAAGGGGGGAGCAGGACCGCAGGCUUCUAGCGAUGGAGGAGGAGGUUAAGAGGCUCGGGUCCAAACUGCUGGCUGCUGUGCGGGAGAAGACUGGGCUCGCCGCCAGCACGGCGACUCUGGAAAGGCAGCUCUCCGAGCUGAAGAAAACCAACGAGUUCCUGAAGUCCAAGGUCUCCACGGACACCACAAAGAAGAAAAUCGGCUCACUCUCGAUGGAGCUGAUGGAGGCGAGGAACAAACUAGACGCUAAAGACAAGGAACUGAGCUUCCUGCAGAUCAAUUUGGAAGGCAAAGUGAAGGUGCUGGAGACAGAUCUCGAGGCCUCUAAGGCAAAUCUUGGUGCCCUCCAGGAGAGGAACAAGGAUAUCGAGAACCUUCGGAAAGAGACCAAAGCUCAAAACGAAGAACUCGAGGAAGAAGUGGACAAGCUGCACGUUGUCAUACAGGAGCUGAGGGAGGAGAUCAAGGCUCUGCAGAACUACCUCGAUGCUGCGAACGAGGAGCUCCAGGAUCUGAAGGGGAAGCUGCAUGACGAGACUGCAACGGAGCGCCGCGUCUCUGAGUCUCAAGAGAAACUCUGCGAGGUGGAGCAGAACCUGGAGCGGUGCACGGCAGAACUGCACGCCUGCCGAAGCUCCCUCACAGAAAAGGAGGAGGAACUGCAGCGACGGCAGGAGGAUCUGGCCGAGUGCCGGGGCGUCCUCGGCGAGCGGGAGGAGGAGCUGGAGGUGUGUCGGCGCGAGGCAGAGGUCUCCCGGGCGGCACUGGCCAAGCUGGAGGAGGCUGAGCGGCAGGGUGCCCAGGAGCUUCAGGAGGCCCGCGCCACCGCGCGGCUUCAGGAGCAGGAGCUGGCCCGUGUCAGGGAGGUGCUGAGGAGGACGGAGGAGGAGCUGGACCAGCGCGUGGCUCACAUGGGCGAACGCUGCCUGGCUUUGGAGAGUGAGAAAUCGAGGACACAGGAGGAAGGCCUGAGGAGAGUGCAGGAGCUACUGGAUAAUAUCAGCUCUCUGGAGGAGAGCAGGAUGACUGAGAGGGAGGCCCAUAAACAGCUGAAGGAGAGGCAUGCUACUCUUGCUGAACAGCUGGAGGAGGAGAAGUCUCGCAUCGAGACCCUGACCCGCGCGAUGGCGGGCAUGAGGGACCAUAUGGAGGCCGAGAGGAAGCAGCUGGAAGGGGAGCUGGAGGAGGUGCUGGACGAGGUGUCUCGACUUGAGGAGCAGGAACGUCUCCACCAGGAGGCCAUCCAGCACCUGAGAGAGGAGAACACCACACUGGAGGAGAUUGUGAAGAGCGACCGCACAGAGCUGGAGAGGCGGGACGCAGAGAUGAAGAGCAUGGAAGGGGCGCACGCGGAGGCUACGAGGAAGAUCCAGGAGGAGCACGGCAGCUCGCUGGGGAAGAUCGGAGAACUGGCCAUCGAGUUGGAGAGCGGCAGACGGGCUCUGAGCGAGUUGAAGGAGCAGACGGAGGCGCAGCGGCAGCAGCUGCAGGAGGAGGUGGGCCGCCUCGGUCGGCAGCUGCUGGAGGAGCGGGAGAAACUCCGCCUCCAGCAGCAGACGCAGGACAAGGAGCGUGAAGAGUACGCCAGAAUGUUGCUGGAAGCCCAAACCAAGCUGGCCCAGAGCGAGGAGGAGGCCCGGCGCACCGCAGAGGCUCACGGCCUCGAGCGGAGCCGCUUGCAGGGGGAGGUGGAGCAGGAGCGGGAGGAGUUGCAGCGGGGGCUGGAGCAGCUGCAGCAGGCCCGGCAGAAGAGGCAGUCGGCCGAGGGCGGGGCACGGGAGUGGCUUCUGCAGGAGGUGGAGCGGGAGCGGCGGGGCUUCAGCCUGCGUCCGGCGGAAGCGGAGCAGAGCGCGUCUAACGCCGACACCAAGCACUGGAGACGCUUGUAUGAAGAGCUGUUCGCUAAAGUCAAACCCUUCCAGGAGCAGCUGGACGGCUUCGCAGCCGAGCGGGACGCCCUGCUGAGCGAGAAGGGCUCCACGCAGGCGGAGCUCAGCAAGCUGGCCGACGCCUACGCCAACCUUCUGGGCCACCAGAACCAGCGGCAGAAGAUCAAGCACAUGGUCAAGCUCAAGGAGGACAACCUGGGACUCAAGCAGGAGGUGUCCAAGCUGAGGGCCCAGGUGGGGAAACAGCAGCGGGAGUUGGAGCAGCUCCGCUCCAGUCACGGGCCACGCAAGUUCGAUCCCAGCAAGGCCUUCAAGCACGAGCUCAAGGAGAACCACCAGCCUGACAAACACAGGCUCAAAGAACCACCAGCCAAUCGCAGUUCUCCGAUAGGGCGAGUAUAGAGACGCUGGUAAAGUUAGCAGUUCUUGGAUAGUAAUUUGCUGAGAAAUGACCACUUAAACAAUUAGUUAGCGUCUUAACCGCCACAGUCCUUGUGCCCAGAGUUUUCUAGUGCUAAUGGACAUCUGAAAUUGUUGAUGGUAAUGUGUGUUAAACUGAAAAUCUAGUUUGACUUCAUUGGAAAGAACAUUUAGAAGGUAAAGGAUGGCGAAUGAUUUUUCCGUGAUAUUUAAAGGCGCAAGUUGUGGUAAUAUAGAUCCUGUUCAGAGUUCUUAUUCUGCUCUACCAAGACUAAAAUAUGUUAAACACCACACUCUUUAGUUACUGUGGGCUUGGGGGCCCAUCAGUCCUUUAACUUUAGCAUCAGUGAUGCAUAAAUAGGACUGAGGUGUGUGUGUGUGGGUUUUUUUUUUUUUUUUUAAUUUUUAUUUUAAUAUAAUACAAAAACUUUUUUUGCAUUCUCCUACAUUUAUUGAAUUUGAUUCAAUUUUUAACCUUUUGAUCAGCUUAAGUCUCAGUCCAAGUUAAAUUCUAUUUGCGUGUAUUCAUUUAAUUAUUGGUUACCUUUCAACUUUUAACACAGAUUUAUUUUAUCUUAUUUGUUAGUGAUUUAUUAAAUUGAACACUGACUUGUUUGUGUGUAACAAAUAAAAAUUAAUA